AUGUUACAUCAUAGCUUCCUGCUCGCGCCGCCCUCGCUGUGGCCCGGCGUCUCCGCCGGCGGCUGGUGCGUCAAGGUGAUGAAGAGCACCACCAAGCCUGACGUCACCACGGUCAAGUUCAACGACUCCACGUGGGACGAUAAGUGGUGGCUGGACAUCGAGGAGUACGGGGAUGCCAACUUUGAGGCGCGAAAGGCGGCUGGGUUGGCGGCGCAUGCGGCGGCGCUCGCGGACGGCCUCUCUCGGGAGGCGGCUUGCGACGCUGCUCUUGCGGCUGUCGAGGCGCUCCUGCUUAAGCAGGAGCCAUGGAGGCUCAAAUUCCUCAAGGCGGAGGAAGGCGUGGGAGAGGCGGACGCGAACCACCGCCGCCGGCGGGCGGCGAAGGGGCGCGCCAAGGAGGAGCGCGAGGAGCGCGCGGAGCUCGCUCCAUUUGGGGAGGAUUACGGCUCGGGAGGGCUAAAUCGUGCAGAGAUCGACUUGUUCGAUGACGAUGGCCCCUGA